UCCAACGUCUUCUCCAUGUUCGAUCAGUCCCAGAUCCAGGAGUUUAAAGAGGCUUUCACCAUCAUGGACCAGAACCGGGAUGGCUUCAUCGACAAGCAGGACCUGAGGGACACCUUUGCUGCCCUGGGCCGUAUCAAUGUAAAGAACGAGGAGCUGGAGGCCAUGGUGAAGGAGGCCCCCGGGCCCAUCAACUUCACUGUCUUCCUGACCAUGUUUGGGGAGAAGCUGAAGGGUACAGACCCAGAGGAGACCAUUCUCCACGCCUUCAAGGUGUUCGACACUGAAGGGAAGGGUUUCGUCAAGGCUGAUUUCAUCAAAGAGAAGCUCAUGACACAGGCAGACCGGUUCAGUGAGGAGGAGAUCAAGCAGAUGUUUGCCGCUUUCCCGCCAGAUGUGUGUGGCAAUCUGGACUACAGGAACCUCUGUUACGUCAUCACGCAUGGUGAAGAGAAGGACUAG